CUGUGCUUUGUGAAUGGCCCCAUAGUUUUCUGGGACCUGUCACGUGUCCUCAGUCUCUGGUCAUCUCCCGUACUAUGUCCGCAGUCUCUGGUCAUCUCCUGUACUGUGUCCGCAGUCUCUGGUCAUCUCCUGUACUGUGUCCGCAGUCUCUGGUCAUCUCCCGUACUGUGUCCGCAGUCUCUGGUCAUCACCUGUACUAUGUCCGCAGUCUCUGGUCAUCACCUGUACUACUGUGUCCGCAGUCUCUAGUCAUCCCCUGUACUGUGUCCGCAGUCUCUGGUCAUCUCCCGUACUGUCUCCGCAGUCUCUGGUCAUCUCCCGUACUGUCUCCGCAG